UAUGACAGUUAACCAUGGUAAUACAACACAGAAAGGAAUAUACUGCUUAACAAGGAAGCUUAGCUAAUAGUUCCCACUAAGACUCAAUAAGAUUUUAUAUAAGUGCAUAUUUCUUUUCAAAACAAACUCUGGAAUCUGAUCAUUGUCCUGGUCAAGAUUUUCUUGGCUCUUAUAAGCUUGUUGUAAUCCAGUCGUUCAUCAUUUGUGGAUGUGGGUAUAGCUAGAUUUUUAUCAGUUUCUACAAUCUAUAAUGAUUCUUGUUGUUUCUGGAUUCGAUUGUGCGUACUUUAUCUUGUUUUGUACCACACUCUGUGAUCCACUAUCAAGAUAAUAGAGAGCUUAAGGAGAAGAUAAUAGAUCCAUCUUCCUGAUCCUAUUAUGACUAAUGGGAGAAUUUUUUUGGUUUAUCUGUAAAUGGGUAUGAAAACCAACAAAUGGGUAUUAAUAUACAGGGACCAAAAGGCAUCUUACAUAUGCAAUUCUCAAUUUGUUUUAGCUCAACAAUUGCAGGCUUAUAUUGUGUAUCUACCCAAAAGAGCUUUUUAAAAUUGGAUCACUUCCUCCUGCUGUGAGUCUCAUUAGGUAUUCUGAGACUGGUGUAAUUCAUCCAUCUAGAUACUCUCUGAAUGCCCUUCAUGGACUUGACUACAAAAGCUUAUACCACUUUUGAUAUUCCUUUAGGUAUGUUUUAAGAGCCUUAUGGAAUCUGCAGGCAUGCCAGAGAACAGAGACUUAUGAUUAAGGUCUCUAUCAUGUCCUUUUGAGGUCUAAAUUUGUGAUUCUGUUGCCUCUUUCAUGAAAUGAAACAGAACAUUUUGUCAAAAUGUGGUCGUGGCCCUUUCAAGUACUUGAAGUAAAGCAGAUUGUACCAAAUUGAACAUAUUCUUGGCUUUCUAACUGAGAAGCAGCUGAGGAAUGUUCUGUUCCCUUUAUGCGAAGUGGUUCCCAAUAAGAAAGUGAUUCUCCCUUAUCUUUGAACCAGUUAUUCCUUUGGCAUUUUGAGACUUCGAAUAUAAUGCUCUAUAUAUAGUUUCAGGACCUUACACAUAAAGAAUAACGUAUGUGAGUGAAAAGGCUUGAAUUUGCUGCCAAGAAUGGAACAGUCUAAUUCAGGGAUCCUGCUACGUCUUGAAGGGCCUACAUCUCAGCCCCCAAAAUUCUCUCUUGGCAUGGGUCUUGCUGUUUGUGCCGAGCCCAAGCCUAGACUAAGGUGGACACCAGAGCUUCAUGAGAGAUUUGUUAGUGCAGUGGCCCAGCUAGGUGGACCAGAAAAAGCCACUCCAAAAUCAGUUAUGAGAAUGAUGGGUGUGAAAGGACUUACACUAUACCAUCUGAAGAGCCAUCUUCAGAAAUUCAGGCUUGGAAAACAGCCACACAAAGAAGUGAACAUUGAGACAGCUAAAAGUGGGAGAAGCUUGGAAGAGCAUGAUCAAGACAUUGUGACAAAAGACAGCAAUAACACACCAAGCCAUCAAGAAUUGCCUGGCAGAGCAAUGCAUAUUGCAGAGGCCCUGAAUGCUCAGAUAGAGGUACAGAGAAGGUUACAUGAACAACUAGAGGUUCAAAGACACUUGCAGUUGAGGAUAGAAUCACAAGGAAAGUACUUGCAGGCAAUAUUGGAGAAAGCACAGAGAGCACUUGCAUCACAAUCCUGUCCUACAGAAGGACUUGAAGCUGCAAGGACAGAGCUUGCAGAUUUAGCCAAAAGGGUUAUCACAGACUGUAGAGACUCUCAUGUUUAUAGACAAAAAUCAGAAGAUUACAGUGGACAGGAACAGUCUUGUAUUACACAUUACUCUUAUCAAAACUACUUGGAAGACUCUGUUGAAAAGGAUCAUGUAGAACAAAAGGUAAAUGAACCUGAUAAACAUAAUAGUAGGAAAAGGACCAGAACAUGCUAUUAUGAAGACCUAGGUACUUCUGAACUUCAAGACUUAUGUCUUAAGAUUUCAAGAAAAGAACCUCUAGCUGUUGAGUCAUUUUCUUCAAGAAGACCAUUGUGGGAAUCCUCUGAAACAGAAGAAAGUAGUGUUUGGCAAGCUAGGACAGAUGAUUUGUUAAGAGAUAAGGAUAAACUGAAAAAACUUUCAAAGGAUCUGACUGUUAUAGCCCCUGAUGUUCCAGAUGACAUCAUGAUUUCUCAUUCUAAUGCAUCUGCAUUUCAGGAUUACCAUGAAGAUGGAGAAGAGAUAGAUAGGAGCUAUAAAUCUUCCCCAACAUUAGAGUUGAGUAGUGAGUGUAGAAAUGUAGUCAAAGGAUUGGACCUAAAUAUAUCAGGAGAUGGAACCAUGCCAUUUAAGGGAAGGGAAUUGGAUCUCAAUGUAUGUGGAUGGGGAAGGUGAUUUGUCUAACACUUUCCUUGGAAUAUUUUAUAAAUGUUUUCAGGUUUCAGAGA